ACAGUCUACAUUGCCAGCGGAUCAGGAUCAGGCUGAAGGAUGAGUAGGACUCUGCUGUGGCUGCUGGCCUCUCUGGCCUUUUUCUCUCUGACUUCUCUGGCUGAUGGAGCUCCAUUGAAGGUGAUGUCUGCCCCUAACUUGUUGCGGGUAGGAACAGCAGAAAACGUCUUUGUGGAAUGUCAAGACUGCACCGGGGGAAACAUACCAGUCGAGAUCAACGUGAUAAACCAUCCAUACAAAAACACAAAGCUGACAUCUACAUCUGUGAACCUUACCAGUGCAAGAAACUUCCAGGAGCUCGGACAAAUAACGAUCCCUGCUGAAAGCUUCAGUAAGGAUCCUACUAUAAAACAGUAUGUGUACCUGCAAGCUCAGUUCCCUGACCGACUGCUGGAGAAAGUCGUCUUAGUGUCCUUCCAGUCCGGGUACAUCUUUAUCCAGACUGACAAGACCCUCUACACCCCCAACAGCAGAGUUCAUUUCAGGAUGUUUGCAGUGACGCCCCAUAUGGAGCCCGUAAAGAGGGAUGCAGAAACUCAAACUGAUGCUUCUAUUGCCAUGGAGACCCCUGAAGGCAUCACUUUACCACUUGAUCCAGUCUCUUUGAAAUCAGGGAUCCAUUCUGGAGAUUUCCAACUCGCUGAAAUUGUCAGUCUCGGACUGUGGAAAGUGGUGGCGAAGUUCCAGAGCAACCCACAGCAGAGCUAUUCUGCAGAGUUUGAGGUCAAAGAAUAUGUGCUGCCCAGUUUUGAAGUUAAACUGAUGCCUGUUAGCUCCUUCUUCUACGUGGACAGUCAAGAGCUCACCGUCAACAUCAAAGCUACGUAUCUGUUUGGUAUGAAUGUGGAUGGGACGGCCUACGUGGUGUUUGGGGUUAUGCAAGAGGGUCGAAAGAAGAACUUUCCAAGUUCUCUUCAGCGAGUGCAGAUAGAGGGAGGUAUUGGAGUGGUCAAACUGAAGAGAGAGCACAUCACACAGACCUACCCAAACAUCCUUGAACUGGUGGGGAGUUCCAUAUAUGUAGCUGUCAGUGUGCUGACAGUGAGCGGUGGUGAAAUGGUGGAGGCAGAGUUGAGAAGUAUCCAGAUUGUUACAUCACCUUACACUAUCACCUUUAAGAAAACACCCAAAUAUUUCAAACCAGGAAUGUCCUUCGAUGUUACGGUUGAAAUUGUGAAUCCUGACGGCACUCCGGCAAAAGAGGUUGUAGUGGUGGUCGACCCGGGCCAUGUGCAGGCUUUAACCGCAGCCAACGGCAUGGCAAAGAUUACCAUCAAUGCAGGUGCAAGUCUGGCAAUCACCGCAAAGACCAAUGAUCCUCAUAUUUCAAAUGAAAAGCAAGCAUCAGCCACCAUGGUAGCUCUCCCAUAUACCACUCAAAGCAACAGCUACAUUCACAUAGGUGUGGAUACAGCUGAGCUGGAAUUAGGAGACAACCUCAAAAUCAGCCUCAUCCUCAAGAGGCAGGAAAAUCAAGACAAUGACAUCACCUACCUGAUCCUGAGCAGAGGUCAACUGGUAAAAAAUGGGCGUUACAAGACGACAAGAGGCCAAAUACUGAUUCCCCUUACAGUCACUGUUACCAAAGAAAUGCUGCCAUCGUUCCGCAUCAUAGCCUACUACCACAGAGAUGGCAGUGAAGUGGUAUCAGACUCUGUCUGGGUGGAUGUAAAGGACUCCUGCAUGGGCUCGCUGAGGCUGGAAUCAUCCAAACCCGCUCCAUCCUAUGAGCCUCGCAAGAUGUUUGGUCUUAAGGUCACUGGAGACCCAGGGGCCACAGUGGGACUGGUGGCAGUUGACAAAGGCGUCUAUGUCCUAAACAACAAGCACCGUCUCACCCAGAAGAAGGUGUGGGAUAUUGUAGAGGAGUACGACACAGGCUGCACACCAGGUGGAGGGAAGGAUGGUAUGGGUGUGUUCUACGAUGCUGGGCUGUUGUUUGAGUCCAACACAGCUUUUGGGACUCCCUACAGACUAGAAUUGAGAUGUCCGGCACCCAGCAGGAGGAAACGAGCUGCAACUAUUAUGGACGUCACAACCAGCUUAGUGAGUCAAUAUCAAGACCAACUCCAACGUGACUGUUGUUUGGAUGGCAUGAGGAACACCCCCCUCUCAUACACCUGUGAGAGGCGCAGCGAAUACAUCAGUGAUGGUGCAGCCUGUGCCACAGCCUUCCUGCACUGCUGCAAGGAGAUGGAAACCCUGCGAGCUGAGAGGAAGGAGGAAAGCCUCAUACUGGCUCGAAGUGAGGAGGAUGACAGUUACAUGGACAGCAGGGACAUUAAUUCUCGCACCCAUUUCCCUGAAAGUUGGCUGUGGACAGACAUCAACCUGCCUGCUUGCCCUCAGGAAAACCCUAACUGUGACGCCACAACAUUGACGAAAAAUGUUCCUUUGAAAGACUCAAUCACAACCUGGCAGUUCACUGGCAUUAGUCUGUCAAGAACUCACGGAAUCUGUGUUGGCGAGCCAUUAGAGGUCAUUGUCCGGAAGGAAUUCUUCAUUGAUCUCAGGCUGCCGUGCUCUGCUGUCCGUGGAGAGCAGCUGGAAAUUAAGGCAAUCCUCCACAACUAUAGCCCCAAUCCUGCCACCGUGCGUGUGGAUCUGACUGAUGAGGAGCAUGUGUGCAGUUCAGCCUCUAAUCGUGGAAGGUAUCGCCAGGAAGUCAAAAUAGGGGCCCAAACUACACGAGUUGUACCCUUCAUCAUUAUUCCCAUGAAAGAAGGAAAAUAUAGCAUUGAGGUCAAAGCAUCUGUUAAAGAUUCUUCGCUUAAUGAUGGAAUCAUGAAGAAGCUGCUGGUGGUGCCUGAAGGCGUACUGGUUAAAUCUUCUCAGAUUAUACUCCUAGACCCCACUACUAAAGGUGUAGCUGGUAAACAAGAAGUAACUCUCAACAGUGGAAUUCUUAAAAAGGAUUUGGUCCGAAACACACCUACUAGCACACAGAUCUCAGUGACAGGGAAAAAUCAAGUUCAUCGUUUGGUGAGGACCGUUAACUCGGACUCUGUGAGUAAGAUGAUCGUCCAGCCCAGCGGCUGUGGAGAGCAGAACAUGGUUGGCAUGACCCUACCAGUCAUUGCAGUCAUAUAUUUGGACAAAACCAACCAGUGGAAAGAAAUCGGCAAAAAGAAACGUGACGAAGCCAUCCAACACAUCAAGACCGGCUACCAGAAUGAGCUUGUCUUCCGUAAAAAGGAUGGGUCUUUUGCUGUUUGGCCGGAUCAACAUAGCAGCACCUGGCUGACAGCUUAUGUUGCCAAGGUGUUUGCCAUGGCUAGCAAACUGGUGGCAGUGCAAAGCCAACACAUCUGUGAAGCCAUCAGGUAUCUGAUUCUCAACGCACAGCAACCAAACGGCUCGUUUAAAGAAGUUGGAACGGUUAUACACGGAGAGAUGAUUGGUGAUGUGGCAGGCACAGAUUCAGAUGCCUCCAUGACGGCCUUCUGCCUCAUUGCCAUGCAGGAGACUCGCACCAUAUGUUCUGCCAGUGUUCAUAGUCUGCCAGGCAGUAUAAAUAAAGCAGUGAAGUAUCUGGAAAGCCGUCUUCCCCGCCUCACCAACCCAUAUGCUGUUGCCAUGACGUCAUGUGCCUUGGCCAACGAAAACAAACUGAACAAGCAGAUCCUCUACAAGUUUGUUUCCCCAGACUUGUCCCACUGGCCGACACCUAAGGGAUACGUUUACACAAGGGAGGCCACAGCUUACGCUCUUCUCGCUCUGGUCAAGGCCGAGGAAUUUGAAGAUGCCAGACCUGUUGUGACAUGGUUCAACUAUGAGGUGGAGACUGACGGAGGCUAUGGCUCAACUCAGGCUACUAUAAUGGUGUACCAGGCUUUAGUGGAGUACUGGACUAAUGUUAAAGAUCAAUCUGGGCAUAAUAAUCUCAAUGUGGACAUCUGGUUGCCGGACAAGUCAAAGCCUGACAAAUACAACUUCAACAUGGGCACCGUUGAGACCAACACCGGCGGUCACUCCAGCAGUCACACCGACGGUCACACCAGCAGUCACUCUGGCGGUCACUCCGGCGGUCACACCGGCGGUCACUCCGGCGGUCACUCCGGCGGUCACACCGGCGGUCACACCGGCGGUCACUCCGGCGGUCACACCGGCGGUCACACUGGCGUUCACACCGGCGUUCACACCGGCGUUCACACCGGCGUUCACUCCGGCAGUCACACCGGCGGUCACUCUGGCGGUCACUCCGGCGGUCACACAGGCAUUCACACCGGCGUUCACACCGGCGUUCACACCGGGGUUCACACCGGCGGACACUCCGGCGGUCACUCCGGCGGUCACACUGGCGGUCACUCCGGCGUUCACACCGGCGGUCACACCGCCGGUCACUCUGGCGUUCACACAGGCGUUCACACAGGCGGUCACACCGGCGCGGUCACUCUGGCGUUCACACAGGCGUUCACACCGGGCGGUCACACCGGCGGUCACUCUGGCGUUCACACUGGCGGUCACACCGGCGGUCACUCCGGCGUUCACACCGGCGGUCACACCGGCGGUCACUCUGGCGGUCACACCGGCGGUCACUCCGGCGUUCACACCGGCGGUCACACCAGCGGUCACACCGGCGGUCACACCGGUGGUCCCUCCGGCCGUCACACCGGCGGUCACACCAGCGGCGACACCAGAGGCAAGACCAGCGGCGAGAACAGCGGCGAGACCAGCAGCGAGACCAGCGGUUCCACCAACGGACACACCAGCGGCGACACCAGCGGCGACACCAGCGGCGACACCAGAGGCAAGACCAGCAGCGAGACCAGCAGCGAGACAAGAGGUCACACCAGCGGUUCCACCAACGGACACACCAGCGGCGACACCAGAGACAAGACCAGCGGCGAGACCAGCAGUGACACCACUGCCGACACCAGAGGCAAGACCAGCGGCGACACCGGCGGCAAGACCAGCGCUGAGACCAGCGGCGACACCAGCGGCAAGACCAGAGGCGAGACCACCGGCAAAACCAGCGGCAAGACCAGCGCCGAGUCCAGCGCCGAGUCCAGCGCCGAGUCCAGCGCCGAGACCAGCGCCAAGACCAGCGGCGACACCAGCGGCGACACCAGUGGCAAGACCAGAGGCGAGACCACCGGCAAGACCAGCGGCAAGCCGAGUGGCAAGCACAGUGGCAAGACCAGAACAUCUAAAAUCAAUGGUAUAAACCAGAAUGUAAAAGUAAUUGCCACGGGCACAGGGGAAGCAACGGUGACAAUGGUGUCGCUGUAUUACGCUCUGUCUAAAGAAAAGGACAGUGACUGUCAGAAGUUUAACUUGUCAGUGCAGCUCCUUCCAGAGAAAAUGGAUGAGGAUGAGAACAUAUACAAGCUCAGAAUAGAGGUUUUGUAUAAGGACAAUGACAGUGAUGCAACCAUGUCAAUCCUGGAUAUUGGCUUGCUAACUGGCUUCACCGUUAACACAAAUGACCUGGACUUAUUGUCUAAAGGACGAGCCCGCAUUAUUGCAAAAUAUGAGAUGAACACAGUCCUGUCAGAAAGAGGCUCACUCAUCAUCUACCUGGAUAAGGUUUCUCACACACGACCAGAGGAGAUCACUUUUAGGAUCCAUCAGAAGCUGAAAGUGGGAGUCUUACAACCAGCUGCUGUGUCUGUCUAUGAAUACUAUGACCAAACAAAUUGUGUAAAAUUCUACCAUCCAGAGAGGAAAGCUGGAAAGCUGCUGCGGCUCUGUACAAGUGAUGAAUGCACAUGUGCAGAAGAGAACUGCAGUAUGCAGAACAAGGACAAAAUCACCAAUGAUCAGCGAACAACUAAGGUCUGUGAGACUACACAGACCAGCAUAAUAGAUUUUGUGUACAAAGUGAGACUGGACAAUUUUACAGAAGAUUUGUCCACUGACAUUUUCACAGUGAAGGUACUGGAAGUCAUCAGAGAAGGAAGUCUUGAUGUGGGUCUUCUGAAUAAACAGCGCACAUUCCUCAGUUAUCCCCACUGUAGGGAGUCUUUAGAUCUGUGGACGGGAAAAACCUACCUUAUCAUGGGCACGUCCAAAGAUAUUCACAGAGAUGACCAACAUCAAUCGUUUCAGUAUGGAUUCGGAGAGAGAACCUGGAUCGAGUACUGGCCCACAGAAGCAGAGUGUCAAACUGAGGAACACAAAAUUACCUGUCUGGGCUUGGAGGAGAUGGUUCAGCAGUACCAACUCUUUGGGUGUCAGCAGUAAUGAAACUCAAUAAAAGAAAAUGUUCAUUUUAAAUUGUUUUUAUUUUGCAUAAUUGUUGUUAUGUCAAAAUGUCCCUGCUAUGGGACAUGAGGGCUUACAAUGUUGCACUGUAUUGAUUAAAAUGUAAUGGUUUUUAAUCUCAUUGUCUGUGUUUGAAAAAUAGACACUGAUUACCGUUAUGUUGAUUACUGUAUAGUAAGUUUAAUAAAUAAUUGAUUGAAAUUGACAAUGUUGAGCUUAGUGGAGUAAGGCAUAGACAGUUCAAUUUUAAAAUGAACCACAUUUCAAAUUGGUUGUGAUUCAGAAUAUAUACACAUCCAGUAGCUUCUCACAAAAUGUAUCCCUGUACAACAAUAUUGCAUAAAUGAAAUAAAAACUUAGUUUUUCUGAUUCAAACAAAA